GCAGCUGUGUCUCCAGCACCCAGAGCAGAGCCUGCACCCAGCAUUUGCUGAAGAAAUAUUUGACUCCUAGGGGGAGAAGUGGAAAGGGCGCUACCUCCAGGGUUCCUGGGUCCUCCCCAGCCCACAAGGCAGCUGGCAGCCGGCCGCCACCAGCGCUGCGCCGAGCCCGGGAGUCGCCGAGCCCCACAACCAUCCUGUGCGGGCGCCCUCGUAGCAGACCGGCCUCCCCGGGAUGAGGAGCCGCCCGGGCCUGCGCCAGCCGCGGGCCGGCCUCUGCCUGCUCCUGGCCGCCCUGCAGCUUCUGCCCGCCACGCAGGCCGGGGACCCUGUGGAUGUCCUCAAGGUCCUGGGUGUGCGUGGGGACCAGGCGGGGGUCCCCCAGGGGCCUGGCUUGUGCCCCCAGCGGGCUCCCGAGGGUGACCGGGCAUUCAGAGUGGGCAAGGCCAGCACACCCAGUGUCCCCACGAGGGAGCUCUUUCCUGAUGGGCACUUUCCCGUGAACUUCUCGGUGCUGGUCACUCUACGGGCCCAGGUGGCCAACCAGUCUGUCCUCCUCUCUGUCUAUGACGAGAAGGGCACCCGGCAGCUGGGCCUGGCGCUAGGGCCCACGCCGGGGCUCCUCGGCCACACCUUCAGUCCCCUUCCCCAGCAGGCCAACCUGGCGGAUGGCAGGUGGCAUCGCCUGGCCGUCAGUGUAGAUGGUGACAUGGUGACACUGGUGGCUGACUGUGAGGCUCAGCCUCCUCUGUUCAGCCGAGGACCUUGGUCCAUCAGCACCUCUGGCCUCACUGUGCUGGGGACCCAGGAUAUCGAAGAGGAGACUUUUGAGGGAGAUGUCCAGGAGCUGCUGAUCAGCCCAGACCCUCAGGCCGCCUUCCAGGCCUGUGACCAGUACCUGCCUGGCUGUGACAGCCCAGGUCCCACGGCCACAGGGCACCCCCAGGGUGACCCAGAGACCCCUCCUCCUCGACGAAAGGGCAAGGGAAAAGGAAAGAAAAAAGGGCAGGGUCGAAAGGGGAAAGGCAGGAAGAAGAAGAACAAGGAAAACCUGAGUCCCAGUCCCCCUCCUGGGUCCCCAGAGAGCCAGGCUGCCACUGACGUCCCCCAGCCCGAGUCACCUGUUCCAAACUCUCCUGCGACUCCCACGCCUGUGGUCCUCACCUCUGCUGUCACCCUUGGCCACAACGUCACCGUCCUAGAGGGGGAACUGGAGCCUGAAGGUGGAACCCAGCUCAGAACCCCAGACGUGGAGGCAGCCGGAGAGGAGGAAGAAGGAAGGGGCUCCACCAUGGGCCCAAAAUUCCGGGCAGCAGAACAGCCUUUUCAGACUGAGUUCCAGAUCUUCCCUGGUGCCGGAGAGAGGGGAGAGAAGGGAGCAAAGGGUGAACCUGCUGUCAUUGAACAGGGGCAGAAAUUUGAGGGACCUCCAGGAGCCCCAGGACCCCAGGGGGUAGCUGGUCCCUCAGGCCCCUCUGGGCCCCCGGGAUUCCCCGGGGACCGUGGUCCACCGGGCCCCGCUGGCCUCCCAGGAAUCCCCGGCAUGGAUGGAGUCCGGGGUCCCCCGGGCACAGUGAUCAUGAUGCCGUUCCAGUUCGCAGGCGGCUCCAUGAAGGGGCCCCCAGUGUCCUUCCAGCAGGCCCAGGCCCAGGCUGUGCUGCAGCAGACCCAGCUGUCCAUGAAAGGCCCCCCUGGCCCAGUGGGGUUCACAGGACGCCCAGGGCCUGUGGGUCUCCCAGGAUACCCAGGACUGAAAGGUGAACCAGGGGAAACAGGGCCACAGGGUCCCCGAGGGCUGCAGGGACCUCCUGGGCCCCCUGGCAGAGAGGGCAAGCGGGGCCGCUCCGGAGCAGAUGGGGCGCGGGGCAUGCCGGGAGACACAGGGCCCAAGGGCGACCGGGGCUUUGACGGCCUCCCGGGGGUGCCCGGAGAGAAGGGACAGAGGGGUGACUUUGGCCUCGUGGGCCAACCAGGCCCCCCGGGAGAGGAUGGCCGCAAAGGAGUAGAGGGGCCACCGGGGCCCACUGGCCAGGCUGGGGAGCCGGGCCCUCGAGGUCUGAUUGGCCCCCGAGGCUCCCCUGGCCCCUUGGGACGCCUGGGUGUCACCGGAAGUGAUGGAGCUCCUGGUGCCAAAGGCAAUGUGGGUCCGCCUGGAGAUCCAGGGCCACCCGGACAGCAGGGAAACCACGGGGCCCAGGGAAUUCCUGGCCCCCAGGGACCCAUCGGCAACCCGGGGGUGAAGGGUCCCCCCGGAAACCCAGGCAUCCCAGGUUCCCCAGGAGCUGAUGGCCCUCUGGGUCACCCAGGCCAGGAGGGUCCCACAGGAGAGAAAGGGGCCCAGGGACCACCAGGCUCGGCAGGGCCUCCAGGCUACCCUGGACCCCGGGGCGUGAAGGGUACCUCAGGCAAUCGAGGCCUCCAAGGAGAAAAAGGAGAGAGGGGAGAGGACGGCUUCCCUGGCUUCAAGGGCGACGUGGGCCCCAAAGGCGAUUGGGGACAACCAGGACCCCCUGGCCCCCGAGGAGAGGAGGGUCCUGAGGGGCUGAAGGGGCCGGAGGGGCUGGCGGGCGAGGAGGGGCCCCUGGGCACAGCUGGGGAGAAGGGCAAUCUUGGUGUGCCCGGUCUCCCAGGAUACCCAGGACGUCCAGGACCUAAGGGAUCUAUUGGAUUUCCCGGGCCCUUGGGACCAUUAGGAGAGAAGGGAAAGCGGGGCAAGGCAGGCCAGCAGGGGCAGGAAGGAGAGAGAGGACCACCUGGCUCUCGUGGAGAGAGAGGGCAGCCAGGGGCAACAGGACAGCCAGGCCCCAAGGGUGAUGUGGGCCAGGACGGGUCCCCAGGAAUCCCUGGAGAAAAGGGCCUCCCUGGACUGCAGGGUCCCCUAGGAUUCCCUGGGCCGAAGGGCCCCCCUGGUCCCCAGGGAAAAGAGGGGGCACCAGGGCACCCUGGACAGAGAGGAGAAUUGGGCUUCCAAGGUCAGACGGGCCCACCUGGACCAGCAGGUGUCUUGGGUCCUCAGGGAAAGAUAGGGGAUGCUGGACCCCUGGGUGAGAGGGGCCACCCCGGCCCCCCUGGGCCUCCUGGUGAACAUGGGCUCCCGGGCCCGGAAGGCGGAGAAGGAGCCAAGGGGGAGCCAGGACCCUUAGGACCCACUGGGAAGGAGGGGCCGCCUGGACUGAGAGGCCCCACUGGGCCCAAAGGAGGCCCUGGGGACCCCGGACCCCCUGGAUUGAAGGGCGACAAAGGUCCCCCUGGUCCUGUUGGGGCCAAUGGCUCCCCUGGCGAGCGGGGUCCCCUGGGCCCAUCAGGCGGCAUUGGGCUCCCUGGCCAAAGUGGUAGCCAAGGCCCGGCGGGUCCUGCGGGUGAGAAGGGGUCCCCGGGAGAACGUGGCGCACCGGGCCCCACUGGAAAGGAUGGGGUCCUGGGGCCCCCUGGGCUUCAGGGACCCCCUGGAGCUGCUGGGCCUGUGGGCGAAGAGGGUGACAAGGGGGAAGUGGGUGCCCCCGGCCACAAGGGCAGCAGAGGCAACAAGGGAGAUGCGGGUCCACCUGGACCGACAGGCAUAAGGGGUCCCUCAGGACACCCAGGAACCCCGGGAGCUGAUGGAGCUCAGGGACGCCGGGGACCCCCAGGCCUCUUUGGGCAGAAAGGAGAUGAUGGAGUCCGAGGCUUCACGGGGGUGAACGGGCCCCCUGGCCCUCAAGGAUUGCCAGGCCCUCCCGGAGAAAAGGGGGAGGUUGGAGACGUGGGGUCUAUGGGUCCCCAUGGAGCCCCAGGCCCUCGAGGUCCCCAUGGCCCCAGUGGAUCAGAGGGUCCACCAGGGCUUCCUGGGGGUGUUGGUCAGCCAGGCGCCGUGGGUGAGAAGGGUGAGCCAGGUGAUGCUGGGGACCCUGGACCCCCAGGACCCCCAGGAAUUCAUGGGCCCAAAGGUGAAGUUGGUGAAAAGGGAGACUCAGGCCCAUCUGGGGCUGCUGGACCCCCAGGCAAGAAAGGUCCUCCUGGAGAGGAUGGACCCAAAGGGAACAUGGGCCCUACAGGGAUGGCUGGAGAUCUAGGACCCCCAGGAGACCCUGGGCCGGUGGGAACAGAUGGCUCUCCGGGGGCAAAGGGAGACCCUGGUGAUGUUGGGGCCCCGGGGCCGCCUGGUGCUUCUGGGGAACCUGGCACCCCGGGACCCCCUGGAAAGAGGGGUCCCUCAGGCCGCCUGGGUCAAGAAGGCAGAGAAGGGGCCAAAGGUGCCAAGGGUGAGCCGGGUCCUGAUGGGCCCCCAGGGAGGACAGGCCCCGUGGGGGCGCAAGGGCCCCCUGGACGUGCAGGGCCCGAGGGCCUUCAGGGGAUCCCCGGCCCUGUGGGAGAGCCAGGCCUUCUGGGACCCCCGGGCCUGAUGGGCCCUCCAGGCCCCCUGGGCCCCCCUGGCCUCCCAGGGCUGAAGGGAGACGCUGGCCCAAAGGGGGAGAAGGGCCAUAUCGGACUGCAAGGCCUCAUCGGUCCCCCUGGGGAGGCCGGCGAGAAGGGGGACCGGGGCCUUUCAGGUGUGCCGGGCUCCCAUGGCCUCCAGGGAGACCCUGGUUCCCCUGGUCCUAAGGGCUCUGUGGGCCACCCUGGGGCCCCUGGCGUGGUGGGCCCUGUGGGACUGAAAGGCUCCAAAGGGUCCCCGGGCUCCCUUGGUCCUCCUGGCGACACUGGGCCCCCAGGUCCUCCCGGCCCCCCGGGACCCCCGGGCGAGUUCCCGGGGCUGCGCAGCCGCAGACGCCGCCGCCGCGCAGUCCCCGAGGGCGGCCUGGAGGAGGUUCUGGCCUCGCUGGCGUCGCUGAGCGCAGAGCUGGAGCAGCUGCAGCGACCUCCGGGCACCGCCGAGCGCCCGGGCCUCGUGUGCCACGAGCUGCAGCGAAAUCAUCCGCACCUGCCCGACGGCGAUUACUGGAUCGACCCCAACCAGGGCUGUGCGCGGGAUGCGCUCAGGGUUUUCUGCAACUUCACGGCAGGAGGCCAGACCUGCCUGUACCCCGACAAGAGAUUUGAGACGGUGAAGCUGGCCUCCUGGUCCAAGGAGAAGCCCGGAAGCUGGUACAGCACCUUUCGGCGGGGGAAGAAGUUCUUCUACGUGGAUGCCGACGGGGCCCCAGUGAACGUGGUUCAGCUGAACUUCCUGAAACUGCUGAGUGCCACGGCCGAGCAGCGCUUCACCUUCUCCUGCCAGAACUCAGCCGCGUGGCUGGAUGAAGCUGCAGGCAACCACGGCCGCUCCGUCCGCUUCCUGGGGACCAAUGGCGAGGAGGUGUCUGUCAACCAGACAGUGGCGGCCACCGUUGAGGUCCCCUACGAUGGCUGUCGGUUUCGAAAGGGACAGGCGAAGACUGUCCUGCAACUUCGCUCUUCCUGGCCGGGCUUUCUGCCCCUGCUGGAUGUGGCAGCCAUGGACUUCGGCCAGGCAAACCAGAAGUUUGGGUUUGAACUGGGCCCUGUCUGCUUCAGCAGCUGAGCGCCUAGGGGUGGGAGGGCGUGAAGGAGCCCCAUGCGGGGCGUAUUUGGUGCUGAGGCUCGAAGCCACCUAUUUAUCAUCUCCUGGGACUCUAGAGCCAGGCGAUGGGACUCUGCUUGUCACAGUCACACGUGUGCCUUGUCACUUCUGAGGGGGUGGCAGGAGAUGGACCCCCCACACUGGCCUGAGGGCCCAGCUCUGGGUAGCGUCGCUGCAGUCUGGCUCUUUCUGUCCCCGACCCUCUGUCAGAGCUCCUGUCCCCACCCCGGAGCCCCCAUGCAAUGAGCUUCUAACCCCGAGCCAAUGGAUGCCCCGUGCCCCGCCCUCCACUCGUGCCCUUCGGUGCUACCCUGUCCCCCAUAGUUAAGCACUGGAUGUCCACUGGCGCCAAGCUGGGACCCCUGCUCACCCCAUUCCCAGAUGGGAUCUCGGUGAAGGGACUGAGUCGGACUCUGCACCCCCGGCCCCUACCCACCCCCGUCUCCCGAGCUCGCCUUGCUCUGCCAGGUGUUGGGACCGAGAGGGUGGUGUUGAAUCAGGAUCCUAAUGGUGCUGCCCUAUUUAUCCCUGGGUCUGUAUGAAAGGGAAAAAUCCCCUCUGUUGUGUAUUUAAUCUGCUUCCUCCUUCGGGAAGGCUGGGAUAGGAUGAUAGGAUGAGAGAGAUUCCAGCACCCCCUUUGACCCCAUUUCUCCCCCAUUCCCCAGACCAUAGUGCAAAAUUGGCUUCUCAAGUCUGAGAAUAAACCAGUGAACUGUG